AACAAGUGUAAAUUCUAUACAAAAGAAUCAAUAAUUAUCUCUCUGUUUCUCUUUGCAACAUAAACCAAGAACAUAUAAUGGGGGCUCUAGAUCAUCUCUCAAACAUGUUUGAUUGCUCAGGUGCAACUCACAGACAUCACAGAAACAAACAAUUGCAGACUGUCGUGAUUAGAGUCAAGAUCGAUUGUGAAGGCUGCGAGAGAAAAGUAAGGAGAUCAGUUGAAGGAAUGAGGGGUGUGACAUCCGUGAACAUCGAGCCAAGGCAACAUAAGCUCACAGUGACCGGGUAUGUUGAACCGCAUAAGGUUGUCUCUCGUGUGGCUUUCAGAACAGGCAAGAAGGUCGAGCUUUGGCCUUACAUGCCAUACGAAAUGGUAGGUCACCCUUACGCUCAGGGUGUGUAUGACAAAAGGGCACCAGCCGGGUAUGUACGUUACAAUCAAGACCAAUCCUUGGCCCGUGCUAGCUCAAUUGAGGUUCGCUAUACCACUGCUUUUAGUGAUGAGAACACAGGCGCAUGUGCCAUAAUGUGAUCGAUGUGUUCAUAUGUGUAGAACAUUUUGACCUUGAAUUAUUCGAACCUUUAUAUAGGGAAGGAUGUGUCGGUUGGUAUAAUAGUAUGUCAGUUUAAAAGUGCCGACGACCUAUGGAGAAAAAAAGGUUAUUGAUGGAAGAGAACUUAUUUUAGUUUAUUUGUUGAAAUUGUUGUGUUAAGAAUGGUUCAUGGUCUUUUAAUCAUGUUUUUAGGAGCUUUGAAAAAUUGUAUUAGGCAUGAAAUCAAUAUUUUGAAUAUUUAAUUAUCGA